AGACCACACCAAAACAGAAAAGACCGGACCACCAUGUCGUCGUUCUUCUCGACACCAGUGGGCGCCGAUGCGGCAUCACUGUGGGAGCGGCUGAGCGAGUCGACGCUUUUGACGAACCCGCUGAACACGGUGCUGCUCCUCGUGGCCCUCUACCUGCUCCUCUCCCUUCUCACGCCCUACUCAAUCACGAACCUGACACCGACGCUCUCUCAGGCCCGCUCGCCUGCAAGAAACCCGUCGACGAGCUACUCGUACCUGCCUGACGUGCACCCGCCUUGCGUGCAAUGGAAAAAGUACACGCCCCGGACGCUUGCCGUCUAUGAUGGCAGCGGCUUCUCUGCCGCCGACAAGAACGGCUCGAUGGACGUGGGUGCGGCCGCGAGGAAGCGGGGCGAUCCCGACAGGAUCCUUCUGGCCAUCCAAGGCAAGGUCUUUGACGUAACAAAGGGCGCAAACUUCUACGGACCAGGGGGACCCUAUGGCAAUUUUGCGGGUCGCGACGCUUCCCGAGGCAUGGCAAAGCAAUCGUUUGAUCUUGACAUGCUCACGCCCCUCGACCAACCGCUGGACAAGCUCGAGGACCUGACUCCAAUGGAGCUCUCAAAUAUGCGCGAGUGGGACGCCCACUUCUCCGCCAAGUACGGCGUCGUGGGCGAACUCGUCAAUGAGGGCGAGGAGGACGACGAUGCAUGACGGAGACAGACAGAGUGGGCAUGUAUUGUAGUAGCUCAGCCUAUGCAAAAUCAAGCUCUCCGUCCUCGAUGAGAUCGUCGAGGAAAGAGCAAAAUGUAAAGAGGGGGAACCCGACAACGUUGUUGUAAUCACCGUCG